AUGAGUAUUGUUUCAAACUCAAAUGCAAUAGCAUUAUCAUCGAGCAAUGAAAAUAAUCAGAGUAUUCUUCAUGAUGUUGUUCAUGCCACUAUUCAGCAAAUACCACGACAAGAUAUACAAAAUUAUCUACAUGCAGCUGUAGGAAAAACGUUUGAUAUCAUGCUAAUGGGUUCACCUCGAGUUGGAAAAAGUACACUGAUCAAUGCCAUUCUACAGAAAGAUGUGGCUCAAACAUAUGCUGGACGUAAUACCUGUACGAAAGAAUUUAGUUAUUAUGAGUAUGAAGAAUCUUAUAUUACAGAAACCGAAGACAGCCCGACAAGAACAUCAACAAGUUCGAUUCGAAUUUGGGAUUCACCGGGUAUUGAAGAUUGGACAAGAUUAGAUGUCAAAGAAUAUGUACAAGAUUUAAUUAACAAAAAAAAUCCAGUUUGUCUCAUUUUUUGUGCAUCACCAGGUACCUAUGUUGAACUUGAACAACUCAAAGGUAUUGUUGAAGCAUGCAAAAAUUUGAAAGUAUUCAUUACAAUGGUUAUAACAAACAUGUAUGCAUCGGAUGAAGCAGAUAUCAUUUUGAAAAUAUUUCAAGAUACUCUGAUUCGUCAUCAUGUACAAAAAAAAGUUGAAAAGAAUAUUUAUUAUUAUGGUCCCAUUGGUCUUUGUACACAAGUCAAUUCGAUUGAUUACGUAGUAGACGAUAUUAGAAAAAAGUCGGAAGGUAUCGAUGAAUUAAUGUUAGGCAUUAUGAAUUCAUUAAGCGAUGAAAAACUAUUACAAUGGUGUUUUGCGAUACAAAACAAUGCUCCAUUCUGGACUAGAGCACAAAAACAAAUUUGGAAAUUAUAUUCUUCUUUCAAACGUUUACUUCGUCAUUAA